AAAGUCGUGAAAGUCGCAUUUUCGUACAAGUUUUCGAACGAGCCUUUCUUGGUGCAUUGCUUGUCGACAUUGGAAAGCGUAAACGGGACGUACCAUUUACGGUGGAAUACUGUAGUUUAGGUGCCUCAUCGUUCGAAACGAAUCGUCGUUGGAAGGGAACCUUUCUCAACAAUGUGGACCGUUCGCGACGCUACUACCAAAAAGGUAGUGGGUUCUGCGUCCACAGUAGCUCCUCCGUCCGGUCAACUCACCAAAAAACCGGCAAAGCAAGCAACCACGGAGCCGAACGGGAAUGGCGAAGUGUCCCGGAAGCGCAAAGCUCCCGACACGAAGGCAGCCACCAACCAAGGUGAUGCGAACAACAAUAAGCGCCGAAAGGCCGGAACGGGCGGAAAGUCCAAGGGCAAGGGCCCUCGAAGCGGCGAGAGCAGUUCAAAGGGACAGACGAUAGAAGGCACCGCCGUCAGCUUCAACGAAAUCCCAUGGUCGCAAGUACAGACACACGAAAGCUUCCUGAAAGGCGAUGAAAAAGCAGCCGGUGGUUUCUUGUUCUUGGAGGAAAUCGACGGAGUCGAUGUGGCGUACGAGACGGGCGCCGGCGGAGGAAAGAUGAUUUCGUUCAAGAAAGUGAAGGAGCAUGAGAUAACAGGGCAGUCAGCGGCUGAGGCUGAGGAUAUUGUCGAGCUUAUGGACCCGGAGGCAUUCGUUCACAUUGAUGAUUUUGAGGAUGACGGGUCAUCAUCGUUUUCGAAGGACGGUGAUGAUGGCGCUGACUUUGAUGAGGACGAAGGUGCGGAGGAUGAGGAAGAUGCGGUGGUCGAUGCAGACGAAGAGGUUCAUGACGCAGACGAGGACGUGGCAUCUCCACAUCAGACGGACGAGGCAGAGAUCGAAGAGAUCCCAGAGCUGGACAUGUCAGCCUGGGAUUCUCUUCACCUCGCGCCCGAACUCCUGAAAGGCCUACAAGCAUCUGGGUUCAACAAGCCAACACUGAUCCAGGAAAAGACGCUCCCGGUCGCUAUUGGAGGGACUCGGGACAUCAUCGGCGCGGCGCAAACGGGAUCGGGGAAGACGCUUGCGUUUGGGUUACCGAUUCUACAGUCGAUUGCGACGCGGGUUAGCAGUAGCAAGGAUAAUGGAUUGCAUGCGUUAGUUUUGACGCCGACACGUGAGUUGGCACUUCAAGUUGCUGAACAUAUGACGACAGCCGCCAAGUUUACUCCUGCACGGAUCAUCACCCUCGUCGGAGGGAUCUCAAUACCCAAGCAAAAACGCUUGAUCUCAAUGAAGCCGGACGUGAUCGUGGCGACGCCCGGUCGAUUAUGGGAGCUAGCGUCCGAGAACGACGACUUGUUGGCACGGUUACGAGGGAUCAAGUUCCUCGCGAUCGAUGAGGCGGAUAGGAUGCUUGAGACGGGGCAUUUCAAGGAUUUGGAUAACAUCUUGAACGCUAUUUCAAUGAAACGAAAAGAAAAGCCGGCAACACGCCGUACGUUCAUCUUCUCUGCAACAUUGGUGAACAACGCGCAGAUGAAGGAGAAGGUCAAGCAAAGUCAUAGGAGGAAGGAGCCAACGUUACAGAAUCUUUUGGCCCGCCUGGAGUUCCAAGACGCGAAACCUUGCUAUGUCAACUGUUUGACUGAGCAAGUCACCGCUGACAAGCUGCUCGAGACACGGAUUGACUGCCUGCACACUGAAAAGGAUGCCUAUCUGUACUACAUUCUCGCCCGAUACCCGGGACGGACGAUCGUCUUUGUCAACAGCAUCGAUGCGAUUCGUCGCUUGGUCCCGGUUCUGACACAUAUGAAGAUCCGUGCAUUAGCAUUACAUGCGGAGAUGCAGCAACGACAGCGGCUAAAGAAUUUGGAUCGAUUCAAAUCCCUCCCGGACGCAGUCCUCAUCGCCUCCGACGUCGCCGCCCGCGGUCUCGACAUCCCCAACAUCGAGCACGUCGUGCACUACCAACUCCCCCGCACCGCCGACCUCUACGUACACCGCUCCGGUCGCACGGCCCGCGCCGCCGCCGACGGCGUCUCCGUCAUGCUCUGCUCCCCACAGGAAGUGCCCGUGUACAAGAAAAUCUGCCAUGUGCUGAAGAAGGAGGAUGGGAUACCGGAGUUUCCGGUUGAUCGGUCCCUGUUGACGGGGAUUAAGCAGAGGAUCAAUCUGGCGAGGAAGAUUGAUGAGGCGGAACAUUCGAAGCAGAAGACGCAGCAUGAGAAGAAUUGGUUUAAGAAGGCGGCGGAGGAGAUGGAUAUUGUGCUUGAUGAGGAUUUCAUUGGAACAAACGCAAAAGGCACAAAAGUCGACAAAGAAUCAGGCAACAAGGAAGCUCUGAAGCACACCGCAAAAGUGCAAACCCUCAAAGACCAGCUCAACGCACUGCUCGUGAAAGAUCUCAUCCCCAAGGGCAUUUCUGGGAACUACAUCACGGGCAACACAGGCGCAGAUGAGGAUUUGCCCUCUACUUUGAUGAAGGCGUCUGCUACGAGCAAGGUCCCGACGAAAAAGGCGACCAAGGCAUCGCAGGAGGUGAGGCGGUCCGCGAAACCGACCAGGACAAAGAGGAAGUAAAUGGCCCUGCCCGUAGAAACCAGGAACCCCUCCCCUUCACGUACGUAGAGCACGUAAUUUAUAGAAGCACGCAGAAUAGUAUAGUAUCCCCGUAACUUAAGGAAACAGAUCCAUCUCGGGCGUUGACCGUCAUUCCAAUUUCGCCAAGACCCAACCGUCCAACGUUGC